AUGUUGUUGAAGGAAAAUGAAUUCGUUUUUCGAGAUUACGAAUGGCUUAGCACGAGUGGUGACGCCAAAGUGCCGAAUACUAACAUUAAAGUCGUUUCCCCAUUUUUCAGUGUGGAAAGCGAAACGUGUGAAAUUUCUGACGGUCAUAAAACUUUCCGGUUCGGUAUUCGAUUAGUGGGUAACGGUACCAUUUUCGAUAAGUUCCAUACUGUCGUCUAUUUUUACGCCCACAACGUUGACGUGCUGGGUAUCGACGUUGCAGCUGUCGAGUGUAGCAUUGGACUUAAAACAGCUACUCAGCAGUCCAUCUAUCUGCAAAGAAAAUUCAAAGAAUCGCAAGUCAUCCAGGUGUUUAAAAGCGAAGAAUUUUUAACGUACGAUCACCUGUCAGACAAAGGCAUUUCUCUCAAGUAUCGUAUUUACAUGGCCAAUAAUAAAUAUAGCAACAUCCGGCCUGGUUUACGGUUUGAAUUGAGAGACACAACAUUCAGUCAAGAAUUGUGGUCAGCUGCACAAAAGGGACACAUGACUGACUGUGAAUUUGUCGUGAAAAAUCAAAUUUUCCUGGCACAUCGUGUGGUUGUAGCUGCCCGUUGUCCCGUUUUGGCUGAACGCAUGGGCAGCGACGGUAACACGGGAACGACCAAUUCGGUUGCAUUCAAAGCAUUGCUUUAUUUCCUUUACACUGGUCAUUUGUUACCUGGUAUGAAUAGCUAUGAUCGGCAGCAAUUCACCGACCUGGUGAAACAAUUCCAAGUCAAAACUGCAGCCGAAUCAAUGGCUGUCAUCAAUCGAUCAAAAGGAAUGAGUCAACUCUUUUUGGCUAUUCAACCAAAUUUGAAAUCACGUGAUCAAUUAACUGUAGAAAUCAGGGAAAAUCAUGGAAGAGUUUCACUUACCGGAAGAGGUCUCUGCCUUCAUUACGAUUACAUCACAACAUUUCGGGCCGGUGACGUAAUUGCACCGGAAAUGUUCCGGUUCGAUAGGGAAGGUUUUUUUGGCGUAACGUUAACUGAAAGCCAGCAUAAGAAUGGACAUAAUUAUCAGCUGACUUUUAGCAGUUUCCAUCUAGUCAGUGGCUUCAAACUGGUAGCUGUUACCUACGACUUGAAAGAUGGCGCCCGUUCUUCAUCAUUGCCUACACAUCAUUGCAACAUGACAAAAAUGUAUGAAGAAGGCGGAUGUAACGAGACUUUGAAAAUUUUCCGAGAAGGAAUUUCAUUACCUAAGAAUGUCGAAAAUAAUUCCCUUUGUACUGUACACGUGAAUUUUAAAGUGUACCUGGCGGAAGUAGACGAGUGUUGGGGCUAUCGUCUCAACGAUCCUCGUCUUCCUGUUGAAUUUUGGUCAGCUGUUAAACACAAGAUUUUUACCGAUGUAGAAUUACAUGUAGGCAGUCGCUCAUUUUCAGUUCAUCGAGCAAUUCUUUCUGCCAGAAGUUCGGUAUUCGCCGCCAUGUUUAAAAACAUUGACAUGGUAGAGUCUGACAGCUCUCUUCCAACAGAGGACGAUUGCAGAUCAUUAGUCAUCGACAUUUGUGCUGGUGAAGAAAAUGAUUUAGACCCGGAUGCCUUUGAAGACUUUCUAGUCUUUCUGUACACAGGCAGGCUGAGAACUACAGAAAGUCUUGCAGAGCUUUGGGCUGCAGCUAAUAAAUAUGACGUCAAAACGUUGGAACGAAUUUCAGAGUCGGCAAAAGUCAGAUUUGGAAUGGAGGAAUUGUGUGUGGCGUUAAUGUCAAAUCUUUGAUUCAAUGUAAUUCGUGAUGUAAAAAAUAAACUGUUUUGAAAACCGA